AUGGCGUCGACGGACAUCAAACCUCUCGUAACGCACAUCUUCACAGCCGAUCCAUCAGCCCACGUAUUCAGUGGCAAGUUGUAUGUCUACCCGUCCCACGAUGUCAGCACCGAUAUCAAAGACAACGACAAUGGCGACCAAUAUGCCAUGAAUGACUAUCACGUGCUUUCGAUGGAGGAGGUCGGUGGACCGGUCACAGAUCACGGGGUAGCCUUGGCAUUAGAAGAAAUCCCAUGGGCGGGAAAGCAGCUCUGGGCCCCAGACGCGGCAACCAGAGAUGGCAAAUACUACCUCUUUUUCCCAGCAAGAGAUAAGGAGGGUGUGUUCCGUAUUGGAGUUGCUGUGAGCGAUGUUCCUGAGGGACCUUUCAAGCCGGAGCCGGAACCGAUUGAAGGGAGCUUCAGUAUCGAUCCUGCCAGCUUCGUGGAUGAUGACGGAGAGGCGUAUUUAUAUUUCGGCGGGAUUUGGGGCGGUCAGCUGCAAUGCUGGACAUCUGGCGAAUUCGACAAAGCGGCCUACAGCGGCAUGGAGGCCCAAUCUGGAAAUGCUCUGUACCCCAAAGUUGCAAAAUUGAGCAAAGACAUGCUCUCUUUCGACGGCGUUGUUCAAGACGUUAUCAUUUUCGACAAGGAGGGUCAGCCAUUGGCUGCCUCUGACCAUGAUCGUCGCUUCUUCGAGGCAGCGUGGAUGCACAAGUAUAACGGCAAAUACUAUUUCUCGUACUCGACGGGAGAUACGCAUUACUUGUGCUAUGCGGUUGGGGAUAAUCCAAUUGGCCCGUUUACGUAUGGUGGGAGGAUUUUGGAACCAGUGCAGGGAUGGACGACCCACCAUUCAAUUGUGGAGCAUAAGGGGAAGUGGUAUUUGUUCCAUCAUGAUACUUCACUCUCGGGCAAGAACCAUCUGAGAUGUGUUAAGGUGACGGAAAUUUUCUAUAAUAAGGAUGGGGAGAUAAAAGUUACUCCUUCGUAG